GCACUCCCCCACCGACACCAAGCUAUACCCUCUCCCUCUUUCUCUGUUACACUCCAGCUACGCCACCAGCAACACCACUACCAUCGCCACAUCGUUUGCGACACCACCACAUCGCCAUCUACAUAGCCACCACCAUCGCCAGCGACACAGCCACUGCCACCGCCAUCGCCAGCAACACAACCACCACCACACCCCUCCCAGAGCUUCUUAUACCAGUUGCCGACUCCGUUGACGAUGACGCCUCUUCUAAACCCUCCUCUUAUGCUUCCUCUUCUCAUCACUCCGGCCGUGAGGUAACCCUCCUCUCUCUCUCUAAAAGAAUUUGAUUUGAUUUCAGAUUGUAUGAUUUCAGGUAACCCUACACCGUGCUUCAUCACUUAUAUGCAAAUUCUUUUGGAUCUCAUUCUCUCUAAUGAUUUCAUAUUUUUUUCAUUUUUUCUUAUGUAUUAAAUUUGGAAUACUGGAAUGGCAUUUGGGUUGUGGAUUUUAAUAUUUAUGGAACAAAAAACCCUAUUAAUGACUAUUACAAUGGAGCUUGAGAUUGAGAAAACGAAAAUCAUGAUGUAAUAGAUGGAGAUUGCUUGUGUUGAGGCCCAAUUUGCUAGCUAAUACUACUACAAUGGAGAUUGAGAGCAUUGAUCUGUGAUGUGCAUCAUUCUUAAAGGACAUUCGUUUGUUUGCUUUUAUUUAUAAGUUUUGUUUAGCUUUGAUUUGUGUUGUGCAUCAUUCUUAAGGGAGUAAUGGAAUCUGAAUUCAUGGAAGAUCAAUUAUGCAAAUGCAGUUCAUGAAAAGUUAUCAUGCUUAGAAACAUAAAUUAGAUAAACUUGAUAGUAACAUCAUGCCUAUUUUUGACACUGCACCUAUCUACAUGCAUUGAUAGUAACAUUAAUGUUUUAUUAUGGAACUGAUCCACUGACUCUGCUCUUUCACCUGUAUCUAUUCACCAGGAAGCUCAUUCUCGCUAUAGAAAUAUAGCCAAUAUUCCCACUUGCAAAGUUACUAAUGUAGUGGUGAAAUGUUUCAAGAAUCAGUCUUUAACUGGAUUAUACAAUCACGGAAGCUGCCCAAGAACUAUCUUAAAUAGACACCCAAAGGGAAUUUCCAUCUAGUGCGCUGACGCUAUGAGGAAUUGGAACGGAUCAAUUGGGUUUCUACCGACUCAUCUAAUGUGAAAGUGAUGAUAUGGGCCUCCGCUAUCCUUCUCGCAAUGUGAAAUGUAGCUAAAUGUUACCUGUUAGCAGCUUAAGGUGUCUGCAAUACUGAUCUAAGCUAAUCCUUUUUUUAUCUGUAUAAACCAUUUAGACCCUGGAUUUUGAACUGUUUAUGAAUGAUGGGCUAUGAGUUUAAGAGUCAUCUUUGAAAGGGAGGCUAUGCUAUUCAAUUAUCAAUUUCCUUCAGUUUAUACCUAAAGGGAUUGAGAUUUAGUUGGGUUUCACUAGGGAGAAUGUUUUGUUUUGUUUUUUUUGAUUGGAAACGAACUCUUGUAUUACGAGAAAUAAUAAUAACACUAAGGAGAAUGUCUAGUUGUUCAGGUAUCUU